AGCCGAGACACGUAGGAUACCCCGAUAAAGCAACCUUAGACCACCGACCACUAUCCCCUGUUCACGGUGCCAGAGACUAUUCCGAGCACGAAUUGGGCUAGCAUGCUACCUACGCAUUCACCGUGACCCCCCCCCCCUCUCAAACCAAACCGGAUGACUAGAUGGUCCUUGUCGAUCUUGGCGAACGAGAGGACAUAUUUAUCCUCAAAAGUCCUUCCCGGGGCAGUCAACUCCCUUCUAACCCCUUAGGUAAGCCACCAUAAUCUCUUGCAUGUGAUCGAAUAUUUAUUUCUUGGAGUCGCCCCCGGCGGCACUAACCCUAGCUUCACCACUUCCCCAACACCUUUGCCUUGGGCAGUUUGGGGCGUUUGAUAUAGGUCCUAUUCAUCAAAUUAUGAUAUUUGCUCAUUUAACAGCCAAUUCGACAGUACUUCAUCAAUUAAUAGAAUUUACACAAGUCUUAUUAUUAAGACGCCAUAUUAUUUAUUAAUAAUAAAUGAUACAUAUUAUUCAUUUUACAAUAUAAUUAUAAUUUAAAAUUUAAUUACGAUAUAAUUUAUCUAUCGAAGCCAAAGCUAAUUCAAACAUUUUGUUGCUUAUCUUUCUGUGGCAUGGAUGAUAAAAUUAUAAUGAUCUAAAAUCUAAACACUUCAAUCAAUAAAAUUAUCCAGUAUUUAGGAACUGAUUACAUAUUUAUAUUAAUAAUUAAUAUACUUUAUAUACUAUCUUUUCUUGUUUCACAACAUACUUUACAUUUUUAUUUUUAAGGAACCAAAAUAACCUAGAAUUUGACCUUCACCUCUCGCCGGCGAGUUCCUACCAUUACCAAGGGUGUUGUGAUCACUCGCAUCAUACGACGCAGGCCUACAUAAUCUCUUGUUUUGAACUUUGAAUUUUAAAAAAAGCAGAUAAAAGUCAUGGUAAGUAUAUUAAAUUUUCAAAUGCUAGAGAGAAUGAUGGGCCGAAUGAUGUGUUAAAUAUGUGUUAAGGGCAUAUUUUGGUGCAAUAGUCAAUAGUAAAUAAUAACCUGUCUUCAAUCAUAUUCAAUGACAGAAUUGACUGGAAUGGAUGCUCGGAGUCGAAAAUAGCUAUUUUUAAGAUUUUUUGAGAUCGUCAUAGUAGUGCAAGUGAAGUUUCCGUUUUUUGAAGUGAUUGAUUAUAAUGGCCUAAGCGAGACUACAGAGAGUUUCAGAUUAUUAUUAAGAGAAGACUUUGAAUUUGAAGAGAUCCCCCAGCAAAUUCAUAUAUAAUAUAAUAUAUGUGUGAGCAGCUGUUUUCUUUGAUGAAGAUUAAGUUGAUUAACAAAACAGCACAGAGGAGUCUUCACGCUGAUGAACACAUGCAGUCCAUCAUGAGAAUCUCAAUGACACAUAUCACAUAAUGUAAAUGAACGUACUUGUUUUUGUAGCCAAGAAAAUGUGCAGAAAAUCCAGCUCUAACAAAUUGGCAUAAGAACGGAAAUGGUAAAUGGGUAUGCCAAAAAUGAUUUUUAAUUAUUAAUUUUUUUUUUUCUGUUUUCAAUUAUAUAAAUGUUUUUUUUUUUAAAUAUCAAUUUUAUGCUUAUUGCCUGUUCGGGCCACAACCUUACAUGUGAUUUUAGUUAAAUUCUAAAAAGUAGACUUCGAAGUAGCAAAUACAAAAAUAAAGGGUUGGGUAAAAAUAAAUAUAACACAUGUAAAUUACUAAGUGUCGUACAGUAACUGCAAACAGUAGUUACACUAAUAAUGGGUCACUGAGGGGAGUGGGGUAGAAAAUUUGACUUUUUUUUGUUGCGUAGACUAUACGGAUUGUCCAUCCUCGUAUUUGUUUGCUUCUGUGCUAUAUGAUGUAAUUUUGUGACAUAAUUAAAGAAACGGAGAAAACUAAAGAAAGCAUUCUUAAUUGUUCCGUGAAGCAAUAUUUGAUUUUGACCUGUUUUAUAGGAUUAGAUAGAGCCUUUGAAAUCUAUGUUUGGAACAAAACAAACAGCUGUACGAUUUUGAAAACACAGCUUUUCAUAAAAAAUAAAUCUCAAUUUACUUGGUAGAUUUCUUGAAAAUUAAUACGCCCUGAUUUAAUACGAAUUAAUACGAUCUGACUUCGAGUUUGAACCAGGUUAAAUUUCACGAGUAACUUUAUUUUUACCAGCGACAGACUGUGAUAAUUUGAUCUGGAGGUUCACCCAAAUAUUGAUAGCUAUAGCAGAUACACAUCUGCAAAUCAAAGUGACAGCAGAAUUCAAUAUAAACAUCAGUCAUGUACUUUAGAAGUUGCCUUUUUUGACAUUGGCUAACUCGUUUCCGCUAGAUGCGCGAUGAGUGUUAUACAUGUAUAUAACUGUAUGUUUGUUUAUUUACUAUUAAGAUUAUACUGUAUGUUUUUGUUUUACUAUUAAGAUAAUGUAUUUAGCGAUUUUGUGAUGAUAUUGUACGAUUUUAAGAGUUUGAGGGUAAACAGGUCUGCUUAUAUCAAGCAAAUGAUUCAAACUUAUUUUUAAUCUCUAUCAACAGCCAAAGUUGAUUCUAACAAUUCUUAUUUGUGAAACAAAAUUACUAACCUAAAAUAAAUGACACACUAAUUUUUUGGUCAUAUUCAUAUGGUACUAAAAUACAUAUACAAGGAAAAGCAUCGCUUUGUCUGUGUCCGCAUGGGUUUUGCCUCUACGUGGCACGGCGGACUAGUAAGGCAGACUUGACUGCCCGAAGCGAAAAUUAUUGGACACCUGUUUGCAUCGUGUAAGUGAAAAGGAACAAUUCUACCAAAACUAUCCGUGUAUACAAAUGUUAAACUAUGGGUAUUUAGUAAGUAAAAUGCAGAUAUAUUUAUUUAAAUUAUAUAUGUGAAUGCAUUUUGAUUCUCUUGAUUCUCCCCAUAUUCAGGCUGAACCACUUACAGUUGUUAUCACCGGUGCAGCUGGUCAAAUAGCUUAUUCAUUACUCUACUCCAUUGCAAAAGGAGAUGUUUUUGGGAAAGAUCAGGUAAAUUUCAUCAAUUACAAGUUACAAACUAUGUUUAAGUGAUUUUAUAUAUAUAUAUAAGUAAAAGUUUCAUUAGUCUAGUUAUGUUAAUAAAGAAUAAUUUAUACUUUAUAUCUUUAUAAGUUCAUGGCACUGGUAGGAAUUAAUUAUAAUUAUUUAAUUUUGUAUAGUAUUUAAAAAUGCUGUCAUAGUUCAAAUUAAUUAAACAUGUAAAUUUAAAAAAAAAAAAAAAAAAGAGGAAGACAUCUAUUAAAUGUAAAAACAUGGCUGUGAAUCGCUGUGAAAGUCACUGUGAAUGUGUUUCACUUUCACAAAGUUACGAGGUAACAUUACAUAACCUGAGAAAUGUACUUGAAUUAUUCUAGCCUGUGAUUCUUCAUUUGUUGGAUAUUACGCCGAUGAUGGGUGUAUUGGAAGGAGUAAUCAUGGAAUUGCAAGACUGUUCAAUAUCUCUAGUGAGAAGUAAGGUUUACAUUGUGUUUUAGUUUUUUAUGGUUUGCUGUGUUUUGAAGGUGUAUUUGUAACAUUACUCAAAAACAGUAUCCAGGGAUGUAAAUUUCAUAUUCUAAUUAAUUUAAAAAUGGAUCUUGUGACUGGAUUUUAUUAUCUUCAUCACAUUCAUAAAAGUGAUAGUAACUAGUUGUUCAAAGUCAACAUAAUUAUAAUUUAUCUUAAAAAUAAAGUAAAAAGUCUUCAAACUAUCAAAUGAGGUUUGAAAUAACAGUUAAAUUAUAUCUCUCACCAUAAUCUUUCUUAAAAUCUAAUUCAUAAUCCUCUGCAUCAAUUGAUUCAUGAAAAAUGGCUCACAAAUGUGAAAAUAAGAUAGCCUAUGGUUGUUGCCAUGACAAUACCUUAAAUUCAAAAUGUGUUCUUGUCUGUAUUUUUUACAGUUUCAUUCAAGGCUAAGUUUAUGUGUGUUUUGAAGAGUUUGAGUUUUUGUCUAUAAACAUAAAGUUAUAUAAAGUUCUAUAAACAUUAGGAGACAUUAGUUGCAAAAGAUUUAAUACCUGCACCAAAAUACGCCUAACGUUUAUAAUAAAAUUAUGGUCAAGCAAUUUUCUUUGAUUUUUAAUACCAUGUUGUUUUUUGGUGUCCUGUAAUCUUAUUCUGAUUAAUUAAAACUAGGCUUACACUGACUUAUUCCCCAUAAUUCAAAUAGUAGCACUAUAAUUGUAUAAGUAAGAAAUCUUAUAGUCUUUUUAAUGAAUAACGUACAAUUGUUACCAUAUACAAAUUUUUAAUGCAUAAUUUCAUAAUAAUGGGAUUUAACCCAUGUGGUGAGGCCGGGUAAUUUGGGCAUCUCUCAAUUCGCUCAUCAGAGCACCACCCUUCUAAAAACCAUGUUAUUUUUUGUGGCUAUUCUAUUGAAUGCCUUUCUGUCUAUUAGAUGUAAUUGCCACUGCUGACCCUCUGGUUGCUUUCAAGAAUGUUGAUGCUGCGUUUAUGGUUGGUGCCAUGCCUCGCAAAGAUGGUAUGGAGAGAAAGGAUUUGCUGAAAGCCAACGUGAAGAUUUUUUUUGAGCAGGGUCAGGCCAUGGACAAAGUUGCCAAAAAAACUGUAAAGGUAAAUUUAUGAAAAAGACUCAGUGGUAUGAAAGAUAUUUAUUUUUUAAAAAUCUGACCACCACAUCACUCAUUAAAGAAUUUUCUGACAUGUCUUUUUUUAUGAAUAUUUUUAUUGCACUAUUCAUUUUCUGUUUGGUUUGCGUUCCGCUUAAAUUGUCCUUUUAAUUAAGAGAACUUAUCAAUUUCUAAAUUAAUUUUUUCUUCAACUGAUUAGAAAUUUCAUUUCUUCAGUUUUUAUUUAAAUUUAUGCUUUUGAAAUAUCCAAUUUAUAGACUUACACAUUAAAUUUUAUUUACAUUAAUUUCCUUUGAUGGUAAGCAUAAAUUUUGGUACAUUUUUAAAUGUACAUUUUAUUUAAUUAUAUUACGUUUUACUCUUUAGGUAUAUGUCUAUUUUUUGUUUAACAUUUUUUAAACCUAGGUUUUAGUGGUCGGCAAUCCAGCCAACACGAACGCCUGCAUUUUGAGCAAAUAUGCUCCAUCCAUACCUAAGGAAAACUUCACAUGUCUUACCAGACUUGACCAGAACAGAGCUCAAGCACAGGUAUGGAGAACAAAUGUUCAUUAUUGUUAUUUUAAGGUACUUUUUUAAUAUUUGUUUGUCAUUCAGCGCAAGUUAAAAUUACGGGUUGCAUCAUACAAAAUAGAAAAGAAUAUAAACUAUAAAUGACAUGGUGCACCCUUCUAGAUUUUUUUAUGCAUGAGUGUAUUUUUUAAGUUCAUAACUUAAGUUGUUUUAUAUGCUACAUUUUUGCUUUAAGUUCCAAUAUGGUUUUGCCUUUUGUCAAUCUCUUUAAGACUUAAAUUGAUUUAACUUUUUGAAGUACAGUCAUAAUAUACUUAUUUUGCAGAUUGCAGCCAAAUUGAAUGUUACAGCUGACAAAGUCACCAAUGUCAUAAUCUGGGGUAACCACUCAUCCACUCAGUUCCCAGAUGUUGCUCACGCCAAAGUUGACCUUAAUGGCAAAGUUGUGCCUGUUCGAGAAGCAAUUAACGAUGACAGCUAUUUGAAAAAUGAUUUUGUUGCGGUGAGAAAAUGUAGCUGAAGUAUAAUUCUUAUUAAAAAAGAAACCUUAAUUGAUACCAUUCAUUUGUCUAGGAUAUAAGAGUAGUGACUUUAAAAAUAUAUGGUAAAAAUUUAUUAAUUUGUAUUUUGAAUGCAUUGCCAAAUUUGUAGUUAAGAGGGUAUUUGAGAGAAAAUACAUAAAAAGUGCUUUGGUGAGGCCAGGCCUCUACAACUUCCCUACCCAAUCCCCCUUCAUUCCCUUACACCUUAAAAUGUACAUUCCUUCAAUCUUUCACAUCUUACCCUCUACACCCCUGAUCCCCAGCCCUGGUAACGUUUGCUUCUAUAAAAUGGGCUUGCAGCUCAAGCAAGUUUGGCGGCAUUGUUAAUCUACACUCGGCGACCACAACCCUUAUUGGUGUUGCAUCCCUUUACUCUCUCUCUCUCUCUCUAUACCCUUCAUUAGCCUUCCACGCUUUCCCCCUCCUUUGCUAUCUAAUAUUUUUAUUUUUGUGACCUGUUAAACUUUCUCUAUUAUGACCUCUAUGACCUACGUAGAGUCAUUAGUCUAGUUAAAGGUGUCAGAUCUCAUUGUUUUAUGUUUUAUACCUUUUCUUUAUUAGAGUGUCCAGCAAAGGGGGGCUGCUGUGAUCAAGGCUCGCAAGCUGUCCAGUGCUAUGUCAGCUGCUAAGGCUGCUGCUGAUCACAUGCAUGACUGGUUCUUUGGAACUAAAGGGGUAUGUCUUGACUAAUAUUUUUAUGGUUUUUAUGUGUUUUGAACACUAAACUUAUUAUAUCCAUUUCACUAUAUUUCAUUUUCAUCUACAUGGUAAUUGUUUUCAAAUAUAUUUUUGUCUUACUGUAUGUGAAAUACAAUAAAGAUAUGUGAAAUCUUAACAUAUGUGUAAAUAUAAUAUGCAAAUAUACGUAAAUACUUUCAUUUGAGAAAGAGCCUUCAUAUAAUAACCAUAAAACCAUUGCCAAUCCAGGAGUAUAACUAUUGUUUGGCAAUAAAGGGGAUUUCAUCUCUGGUUUGGCCAGUGGUUUAAGUAUGAGAUUUUUGGUGGGUAGGUUUUUUCGGGGUGAGUAGCAGACUCAACAACCAGCCUGGGAGUAUGAGUUGUAACAGGACCGAAGAAGUAAUUUCCAAAAAUUAGUUAUAAAGAAGUGAAAGAAGACUGAUGGCAGCCGAAAAUACAUCUGUGCAAAGCCUUUAUCAGUUAUAAACCUCAUUUGUGCUAUGAAUUAUAUGGAGCCUUACUUUAAUACUUUGUAGAGCACUGUUGUAUAUAUAUAUAUAUAUAUUUUUUUUUUUUCAUUUCUAUAAUGAAAUGUCUAAAAUUUAUCACAGGAUAACUGGGUGUCAAUGGGUGUCAUCUCAGAUGGCUCUUAUGGCAUUCAAGAAGGACUCAUGUACAGCUAUCCAGUGCGCAUUGCAGAUAAAAAGUGGACCAUCGUCCAAGGUCUGAGCAUCGAUGAUUUUGCCAGGGGGAAACUGGAUGCCACAGCUGCGGAACUGAAGGAAGAGUUGGAGGCUGCUAUUGCUGAAUGUACUUGACUGCUCACUCCAAACAGUCAGGUGGCGGGGUGGAGCUCUAGACCUGCCAACAAGUUGUAAUUUGAGCUGGGGUCUGAUAGAUGUCUGAAGUUUGUUUAUAAAGUGCUUAACUGUUGGGGAGGGCGGGCUAUCAACUUCAAUAGAGCUGAAACUAUAUGAUCAGCUUAAGAUUUUCAGUUUUAAAUGAAGAGAAAUGAAUGCUGCAAGGUUUGAUUUGGGAAUGAGUACUUAUUUAUAGAAGAUACAUUGGGAAUCUUUAACCAGAAGCUCAAAACUUAAUGUCAUUUUUGUUUUUUUGUGUUAUUUCAUUUAUGGUGUUAAUGAUUGGCUAGAGUUGUUUAUCUAGAGAAUCGUAGACCACAUUGUUUAUAACAUUGCUGACUUAAACAACUAAUGGAAAUAAAAUUAAAUGUAAAACUAA